AGGCCUCAUGCCCUGAUGGGCUGCCCUGCUGUUGUCUGCCUCCUGCAGUUACAGCUACAUGAUCGACAAUGUGAUCCUGCUCAUCACAGGCACUCUGCACCAGCGCUCCAUUGCUGAGCUCGUGCCCAAGUGCCACCCGCUAGGCAGCUUCGAGCAGAUGGAAGCCGUGAACAUUGCUCAGACACCUGCCGAGCUCUACAAUGCCAUUCUGGUGGACACGCCCCUGGCGGCUUUUUUCCAGGACUGCAUUUCAGAGCAAGACCUUGAUGAGAUGAACAUCGAGAUCAUCCGCAACACACUCUACAAGGCCUACCUGGAGUCCUUCUACAAGUUCUGUACCCUACUGGGCGGGACCACAGCUGAUGCCAUGUGCCCCAUCCUGGAGUUUGAAGCAGACCGCCGCGCCUUCAUCAUCACCAUCAACUCUUUCGGCACAGAGCUGUCCAAAGAGGACCGUGCCAAGCUUUUUCCGCACUGUGGGCGGCUCUACCCCGAGGGCCUGGCUCAGCUGGCUAGGGCUGAUGACUAUGAGCAGGUCAAGAACGUGGCCGAUUACUACCCGGAGUACAAGCUGCUCUUCGAGGGUGCGGGCAGCAAUCCUGGAGACAAGACCCUGGAGGACCGAUUCUUUGAGCAUGAGGUGAAACUGAACAAGUUGGCCUUCCUGAACCAGUUCCACUUUGGUGUCUUCUAUGCCUUUGUGAAGCUCAAGGAACAGGAAUGUCGCAAUAUUGUGUGGAUUGCUGAGUGCAUCGCCCAGCGCCACCGCGCCAAGAUUGACAACUACAUUCCUAUCUUCUAGCGUGCCGGUCCAAGGCUCCCGAGUGCACUGUGUGUCUGUGGUUUGUGAUGAAGCCCAUGGCUUAUCGGCCUGCCCUGGGGAGUAGCACACUGUCGUAGUGGCUGUCCAGCUUCCCUGACCCUAAGACUGCUCUUAGCCUGAAAAGGGGCUGGACACCUGUUCCCCCCCAUUAAGGAUGGACCAAGAACCCCUCCAGAGCAAGGAGGCCCCCUCAGCCCUAUGUUUACAGCCGCUGACAUGUCUGAGAAGCAUGUGAUCACUUUCAUGUCCCUCUCUAGCCUGAGAACCCCUGGAGGCAGUGUGAGCCUCCUUUUCCCUCUGUGGGUCACCCCAGAGCCAUGGCCCAUGGGAAGAAUAGUGUGUGUGUGUUCUUGGAGCAAGGGGGAAGUAGCUCUGCAGCCUCUUCCCUCAGCUCUGACUCUCUAAGACAAUAAAACUGUCCUCUCCAAGCCUA